AUGCCGCAGCCUCACGGAGCCGCGAGCCGCUGCGGCGCCCAACCUCCCGAGUCGGCGGCCGCACCGGACAGCGGCGCCCCAAGCCCCGUGGGGGCUGAUCCCAGAGAGAAGCGGACGCCCGCCGCCGAGCUGCCUCCUGCAGCGGCCCCCGCUGGUCGUGAGAUGGAGAAUAAGGAAACUCUCAAGGGUUUGCACAAGAUGGAUGAUCGCCCAGAAGAACGAAUGAUCAGGGAGAAACUGAAGGCAACCUGUAUGCCAGCCUGGAAGCACGAAUGGCUGGAAAGGAGAAAUAAGAGAGGCCCUGUGGUGGUAAAACCAAUCCCUAUUAAAGGAGAUGGAUCUGAAAUUAAUAACUUGGCAACUGAGUCUCAAGGAGAGGGCCAGGCGAGUACCACUUCACCAGCUCCCAAAGGCCGACGCAGUCCUUCCCCUGGCAGCUCCCCAUCAGGUCGCACAGUGAAACCAGACUCUCCAGGAGUAAGGAGAAAAAGAGUUUCCCCCGUGCCAUUUCAGAGUGGGAGAAUCACACCACCUCGAAGAGCCCCUUCACCAGAUGGCUUCUCACCAUACAGCCCUGAGGAAACAAACCGCCGUGUAAACAAAGUGAUGCGGGCCAGGCUGUACUUACUGCAGCAAAUAGGACCCAACUCUUUCCUGAUUGGAGGAGAUAGUCCAGACAAUAAAUACCGGGUGUUUAUUGGGCCUCAGAACUGCAGCUGUGGGCGUGGAACAUUUUGUAUUCAUCUGUUAUUUGUAAUGCUCCGAGUAUUUCAACUAGAACCUUCGGACCCAAUGUUAUGGAGAAAAACUUUAAAGAAUUUUGAGGUUGAGAGUUUGUUCCAGAAAUAUCACAGUAGGCGUAGCUCAAGGAUCAAAGCUCCAUCUCGUAACACCAUCCAGAAGUUUGUUUCACGCAUGUCAAAUUCUCAUACAUUGUCAUCAUCUAGUACUUCUACAUCUAGUUCAGAAAACAGUAUAAAAGAUGAAGAGGAACAGAUGUGUCCUAUUUGCUUGUUGGGCAUGCUUGAUGAAGAAAGUCUUACAGUGUGUGAAGAUGGCUGCAGGAACAAGCUGCACCACCACUGCAUGUCUAUUUGGGCAGAAGAAUGUAGAAGAAAUAAAGAACCUUUAAUAUGUCCCCUUUGUAGAUCUAAGUGGAGGUCACAUGAUUUCUACAGUCACGAGCUGUCAAGCCCUGUGGAUUCCCCUUCUUCUCUGCGAGCUGCACAGCAGCAAACCAUACAGCAGCCACCUCUGGCUGGACCACAACGAAGGAAUCAGGAGAACAAUUUUAACCUUACUCAUUAUGGAACUCAGCAGAUUCCUCCUGCUUAUAAAGAUUUAGCUGAGCCAUGGAUUCAGGUAUUUGGAAUGGAACUCGUUGGCUGCUUAUUUUCUAGAAACUGGAAUGUAAGAGAGAUGGCUCUCAGACGUCUUUCCCACGAUGUUAGUGGGGCUCUGCUAUUGGCAAAUGGGGAGAGCACUGGAAAUUCCGGGAGCAAUGGUGGAAACAGCCCGAGUGCCGGAGCUGCCAGUGGGUCUUCCCAGACCAGUAUCUCAGGAAAUGUGGUUGAGGCGUGCUGCAACGUUUUGUCAAUGGUCUGUGCUGACCCUGUCUACAAAGUGUACGUUGCUGCUUUAAAAACGUUGAGAGCCAUGCUAGUAUAUACUCCUUGCCAUAGUUUGGCAGAAAGAAUCAAACUGCAGAGACUUCUCCGGCCAGUUGUAGAUACCAUCCUAGUCAAGUGCGCAGAUGCCAAUAGUCGUACAAGUCAGCUGUCUAUAUCAACACUGUUGGAAUUAUGCAAAGGUCAAGCAGGAGAGUUGGCAGUUGGCAGAGAAAUACUAAAAGCUGGAUCCAUUGGUAUUGGUGGUGUUGAUUAUGUCUUAAAUUGUAUUCUUGGAAACCAAACUGAAUCAAACAACUGGCAAGAACUCCUGGGCCGCCUUUGUCUUAUAGAUAGACUGCUAGUUAAAUUAAAACCAUCUUUUUAUUUGUAUAUAUUUUGCAGCAAUUUUAACUUGUCUAGUAAUUGAAUGUGUUCUUUUUCUUUCAGGUAUAAGAAGCUGCUGUCCCUCUUAACCUUUGCUUUGCAGUCCAUUGAUAAUUCCCACUCGAUGGUUGGUAAACUCUCCCGAAGGAUAUAUUUGAGUUCUGCAAGAAUGGUUACUGCCGUACCCCAUGUAUUUUCAAAACUGUUAGAAAUGCUGAAUGUGUCCAGUUCCACUCAUUUUACCAGGAUGCGUCGUCGUUUGAUGGCUAUUGCAGAUGAGGUGGAAAUCGCUGAGGCCAUCCAGCUGGGCAUAGAAGACACUUUGGAUGGUCGACAUGACAGCUUUUGCAGGCAUCUGUCCUUAACAGCUAUCCAGAAACCACAGAGAAUAGUUCCCUGGUGCACAGACCAUUUAGAGAAAACUGGAAAAAGAUCGUGUGCUACAAAAUUGAGUGCCAGUUCGGAGGACAUUUCUGACAGACUGGCCAGCAUUUCGGUAGGACUUCCUAGUUCAACAGCAACGAUGGAGCAACCAAAGCCAAUGGUUCAGACAAAAGGCAGACCCCACAGUCAGUGUUUGAACUCAUCUCUUUUAUCUCAUCAUUCCCAAUUAAUGUUCCCAGCCUUGUCAACUCCUUCUUCAUCUGCCCCAGCUGUACCAGCUGGCACCACAACAGAUGUCUCUAAGCAUAGACCUCAGGGAUUCAUUCCCUGCAAAAUACCUUCUGCAUCUCCUCAAACACAGCGCAAGUUUUCUCUACAGUUCCAGAGAAACUGUUCUGAAAACAAAGACUCAGAUAAACUUUCCCCAGUCUUUACUCAGUCAAGACCCCUGCCCUCCAGUAAUAUACACAGGCCAAAGCCAUCUCGACCUACCCCAGGUAAUACAAGUAAACAGGGAGAUGACUCAAAAAAUAGCAUGACACUUGAUUUAAACAGUACUUCCAAAUGUGAUGACAGCUUUGGCAGUAGCAGCAACAGUAGUAAUGCUGUGAUACCUAGUGACGAGACAGUGUUCACCCCAGUGGAGGAGAAAUGCAGAUUAGAUGUCAAUACAGAACUCAACUCUAGUAUUGAGGACCUCCUUGAAGCGUCUAUGCCCUCAAAUGACACAACAGUCACUUUUAAGUCAGAAGUUGCUGUCCUCUCUCCUGAAAAAGAUGAAAAUGAUGAUACCUACAAAGAUGAUGUGAAUCAUAAUCAAAAGUGCAAAGAAAAGAUGGAAGCUGAAGAAGAAGAAGCGUUAGCAAUUGCCAUGGCAAUGUCAGCAUCUCAGGAUGCCCUCCCCAUAGUUCCUCAACUACAGGUUGAAAAUGGAGAAGAUAUCAUCAUUAUUCAACAGGAUACACCAGAGACUCUGCCAGGACAUACCAAAGCAAAACAACCUUACAGAGAAGACAGUGAAUGGCUGAAAGGUCAGCAGAUAGGUCUUGGAGCAUUUUCUUCUUGUUACCAGGCUCAAGAUGUGGGAACUGGAACUUUAAUGGCUGUUAAACAGGUGACGUAUGUCAGAAAUACAUCAUCUGAGCAAGAAGAAGUAGUGGAAGCAUUAAGAGAAGAGAUAAGAAUGAUGAGCCAUCUGAAUCAUCCAAAUAUCAUUAGGAUGUUGGGAGCCACAUGUGAGAAGAGCAAUUAUAAUCUCUUCAUCGAAUGGAUGGCAGGGGGUUCUGUGGCUCAUUUGCUCAGUAAAUAUGGAGCCUUCAAGGAAUCAGUAGUUAUUAACUAUACUGAACAAUUACUUCGUGGCCUUUCAUAUCUGCAUGAAAACCAGAUCAUUCACAGAGAUGUCAAAGGUGCCAAUUUGCUAAUUGACAGCACAGGUCAGAGACUGAGAAUUGCAGAUUUUGGAGCUGCAGCCAGGUUGGCAUCAAAAGGAACUGGUGCAGGAGAGUUUCAGGGACAGUUAUUGGGGACAAUUGCAUUUAUGGCACCUGAGGUACUCAGAGGUCAGCAGUAUGGUAGGAGCUGUGAUGUGUGGAGUGUUGGCUGUGCUAUUAUAGAAAUGGCUUGUGCUAAACCACCUUGGAAUGCAGAAAAACAUUCCAAUCAUCUUGCUUUGAUAUUCAAGAUUGCUAGUGCAACUACUGCUCCAUCCAUCCCUUCACAUUUGUCUCCCGGUUUACGAGAUGUGGCUCUUCGUUGUUUAGAACUUCAACCUCAGGACAGACCUCCGUCGAGAGAGCUACUGAAGCAUCCGGUCUUCCGUACUACAUGGUAGCCAAUUAUACAGAUAAACUAUAAUGGAGACAGGAUGCUCAAUAAGAGAACUUUUGUGGGGAACCACACUGGCCUUUGUGCCACUGAACAGCUAUGAACGAGACCAGUGAGGAACCCUACCUAAGUAUGUGAUUGACAAAUCAUGCUCUGUACCUAAGCUUGGUAUGCAAAAGUCCACGAUUUGUUGCAGAAACUGUAAACCGUGCCUUUCAAAGAACUGGCCCUAGGUGAACAGGAAUGAAGUUUGCAUGACUAAUAAACAGAAGCAUAAUUAUUUUAUCUUUUGGAGCACUUUUUCAGCAAUAUUAGCAGCUGAGGGGCUCAGGAGCUAUUUUAAUGUUUCAAUUAUUCUUCCAUUUCAUAUUGUGAUCACAAGCAGAGGGUUCUGCAAUUCCGUUCAAUUUUUUUGUCACUGGUUAUGAAAAUCAGUAUCUGCCUCUUCUAGGUCAGAAUAUGCUAUAAGUAGCAGUAAAUAAAUAUAUUUUUAAAAGUUGAUAACUUCUUUAUGAUCCACAGUUGACCUUUAUUUUUUUUAAUGCCUGGGCAAUUGUGGUUCGUCGUGCAUUUUACUGUUGGCCCAUUCAUUUCGUUUUUGGAAAUUAUGGUUCUAUAUUUUCAUUUCACCUUCAUUUUUAAUAUUCAGGGAGAGGUGAGCUUUUCAAAUCAGAAAAAAAAGAACUAGAUGUGAACUAGAGUUUAUUAAAUAUCUUGCUAUUGCAAGAGUUUUUUUUAAAUACAGAAUUUUGUUUGUUUUUAAAAUUGGAAUUUAAUACUACCUUCAUUGAGUCAGUUACUGCUCUUCUCAUGCAGGUUAAAUAUAAAUUAAGUGAAAAUCAACUAUUCUCUGUGAUGCAGCUCACAACCAAGAUCAAGAUUACCUUGAAAUUUAUUUGAAUUUUUAAUGUAUUGGUUUCUUUUGUAGGAAACUUCACACCAUUUAAGUCUUACUCUGUAUGUAACAAUUCAUCGUUCAUCAUCACCACAUGUAACUGAUAAUAACAUGUAACUGCUAUUUUCCUUCUGCCAUGCAUUAUCUAUUUACAGUCGGCCUGGCUGAUAAUUAAAGUUAACUUAAUUAUUCAACUACCAAUGAGUAAUAGUAUUUUUAAACAAUAAAUUUGCUUUGAACUUGGAAAAUGUGUUCAGAAAUUAAAAAGUGCAUUUCAUUUACUAAUUCCUUUGAUUUUGCACAAUUAUCUAAUUAAUAGUUUUCAUCUGAAAUGAAUUCAAAUGCAUGGACUCCUGAAGGAAAAUGGCAGCUCUUUUAUCCCUUUUUUUUUUUUUGAGUCUUUUAAAUCAAGUACUGAUUAUUUAAUACAACUUUUUGAGAUGUUAAGUUUUAACUCUUCAGAAGCCAGAUGAAUUGUUGCAGAAUGAAAUAGAAUUG